AUUGUAAACCGACAGCUUUCAAUAAUAUUUUUAAUUUAUGUGACAUGACAAAAUUUUCAGUGCCUUACCCAUGAGACAAAUAUGUAUUUAGUUGAAAAGCACACAAAAUUUGUCGAAGAUAUAUAUACAUCUUCCAAGCUAGAUAAAAAUCCUUAUUCGUGUAUACCGAGUGUUAUAUUUCUGAGCUGCACGUUUGUUGUGUUGUAUAUGCAUAUUCAUCAGUAUCAGUCCCGUAGGUGGGGAGAAGGAAUUUAUAAGGAUGUAGUGUUCCAUUGGGCAUAUUUUUACAUAGCACGAAUUUGGUUUGUAUUUGUAAAAUUUGGUAGAUAUCUAAUAGAUUCUAUGGAUGAAUUUGUAGAGGAGAAUAGUCCAAAAGACGAAAUUAUAUUAAACCAAACAUUAACACACGUUUGUAUCUUUUUGAUAACAUUGACAAUAUCAACGAUACCACUUAUAAUUAUAAGUUUCCAACAAAUUUAUAGAGAUCGUAUACCAAAUUUGUUAAUGUGGAUAACUGAAGAAGACCCGCAGACAAAUAGCGAAUUGGGUACGUCAGGACAAUAUUUAGAGCGACCGCCGCAUUUUUUACAACCCUAUAGAAAAGAUGCGGUACCUUACCGAUCAAAAAGAUCGACUAGUUUCAUCGCUGACGUUCUCAGCGACAGGCAAACCUCAAAUUGUCGAAUUAGUAAAUCGUUGAUGACGAUAAGUUCCGAAAAAUUUCAAGAUAAUCUACCAAAACGCUACUAGGAAUAUUUUUCGAAAUAUAUAUUUAUUUAUAUCUA